AAUUGAUAAUAGUCGUAACAUUUGAACGCUCCAGCGCAAAUCGUCGCGCUUAUAGUUCCGACGAUGCGCUCCGAUCUAUUGGACCUCAGCCGGCCUUUCAGAGCGCAGUACCGACGUCGUAUGACACGAAUUAGCAUGCACAAAGUCUCUCUAAUUUAAAUGUUGAAAAUAAUAUUGAUGUUGUGUUGUUUUUGUUUACUUUUGUUCGUUAGGACGUGUGCAAUUAUAAAUUAGUGAAAUGAGCAACCUACGUUCGUCUAAGAUUUUGAAAUUAGUGUUAGAUAAACCCAAUCCAAACAGCGAAGUAAUGACGGCCGACGAAAAUUUUGGAAAUGAAUCACCGGUGCCACUUGAAGCUGAAGACCAGUGGAAUCUGUACAAGACGAUGUUUGGGCACUCUUUUAAUAAAAGUAGCAGUGAUAUUGACAACAGUUUUGUAACAAGUAUUCACGAGGUAACGUCUAAUACGGAAGCAAAAUCCUCACUGUCGUCUGCUAUGCCAAAUGAAAAAACUAUAAGAUGUAUGGAUUCAGAGCUAUGUGCUGAAGAGUUUUCUCACGAAUCAGCUGAUAUAAUAGAACCUUCUUUAACACCAAUGCUCUCCCCGAAUAACGAUUUUUUCGAGUACAGUGUGGCCACUUCAACUCCGUUAUUUAGAAACUCAUCUAUUUGUGAUGAUAAUAAUUAUGGUUCAACUAGUAGUGUUAGUAGAGGCAAUACACCACAGCUUAGUAACGCUUCGAGUCAGGAUUCUUCUGUAUGUUCGUCAAAUGAAAGUAAACCGUCAGGCAGAGUUGGAAGAAAGCGUCACCGUCGCCGUGAUGAGUGGAAAGACGUCAAAAGAAAAUGUUUAAAAAUUUUAGGGAAAGCCUAUUUAAGAAGAAAUGGAGUUCAAAGAGAUGGAAAGAUUUUGAAACAACCAUGUCCGACUACUUGCCGACUUAAAUGCUUUACAAAAUUUAAUGCACAAGAACGGGAGCGUAUAUUUUGUUAUUUUUGGCAAAUUGGAGAUCACUGUCGGCAAUGGGAUUACAUCGUCAAUCAUACCAAAGUAGGCGACACUAAGUAUCCUUCUACUUCUAGACGUAAGAAAUCCAUUCAGUAUUGCUUGCCUCUUAUUGAACCAAACUCUGACAUACCUAUUAGAGUGUUUGUCUGCAAAACGAUGUUCCUAAACACACUUUAUGUAGGGGAGAGAACUGUUCAAACAGCAUUGGCAAAAUGGAGUUCAGGUGGUGGGUCUGUUUCUCCUGAUCGGCGUGGUGGUACCAGAACUGUUGUCAUUGACGACGAAAUGAAACAGAGUGUUUUAAGGCAUGUCAAAACGUUCCAGCCUAUUGAAUCUCAUUAUGUGCGUAAGGACACUACUAAAAUUUACUUAGAGAGUGACCUAACAUUUACAAAAAAGUUUUCAUUAUACAAUGAGUGGUGUACGAUUGAAAAUAUAACUAAAAAAGCAAUGACAGUAAGACAGUAUCGAGAUAUCAUAAAUCAACAUUUGAAUAUAUCAUUUCACAAACCGAAAAAAGACAUCUGCAAUGAGUGCCAUAUAUACAAUACAAACCUAAAUACAAUGACAGAAGAAGAAAAACAAAUACAAGAACUUCACAUGCGAAACAAGACUAAAGCUAGAGAAGUGAAGGCAAAUGAUAAAAAGGAAGCUUUGGAAAGCAAAGGAAAAAUAGUUACGGCGUGUUUUGAUUUCCAAAAAAUUUUAAACUGUCCCCAUGGCAAUGUCGGUUUAUUUUAUUAUAAAAGAAAAUUGUCAAUUUAUAAUUUUACUGUAUUUGAUCUAGCUAGUCAAGAAGGUCCGAGAUUAAUGGCAAACAUGGGGCGUGUGAAGUAGCAAGUUGCUUGUCUAAAAAAUUAUGCUAGACGGUAGAAAUUGGGCUAAAAAUACUAAAAACCAAAAAAUAUCAUGGAACAAGAUUAGAGAAGUUCAGGUAGUGUCCAACGAACCCUAUAUUUUGAACUAUCGUUAUAAUUUUGAAGAAGAAAAUAACAUUACGAGUUUAAUAACCAAAAAAAAACUAUUCAUCAAGAAGGAAAAAUAAUAAUUUAUUACAUACAGAAAUUUUAGGUCCAUGUUACUCUGAUCAUUUACCUAUUACAUUAGCAAAGUUUAAUGAUUUAUUAAGUCUUUGUCAAGGACGUAUAAUACCUCAAGAGUACCAUAGUUUUUAUCAACAGUUGUCACACAGCGGCAAUGUUGCAGAACAGAACAGUAGUGAUUCCUCUGAAUUACCGUCAAUUACAUCACUGCUAUUCUAUCAUAAAUCUAAAGGUCUAUUAUGUAUAAGAUGAUUCAAUAUCUAAUUUAAAGUAAUUUUCAUUUUAUUUUGAAGAUUUAAAUAUUUUUUGUUUCCUUUAACUUGAUUUAUCAGUCUUAUUUUUAUUUGUAGUCAUUUUUUAUUUCAUUAAUCUAUCUGUGCUCCAAAGACUCACUGGCCAGUUUUAAUUUUAUUAGUGAAGCUAUUUUUAUUAUUAAACGUUUAUUAUACUGUUCAUGGUAAUGAAAGAAGACUGCAUUAUGUUCCUAUACUUAUAUAUAAUAUUUUAAUAAAGCUAGUUUUAGCCUACA